AUGUCCGUAUCAUCUACGAAAGACCCGCUGGAUGGCAUCAGCGGCGAGCUCGCAAGCAGUGGUGGUGCCUUCAAAGCCACCUUGUUGUUCUUUAUGGCUAUUGCCUGUUACAAUGUGGCUGAGCUAGUUGUCAUGGUCCUAUCAACCUUUCGACGGUGGAAGGGCCUAUACUUUUGGAGUUUGCUGUUAUCGGGCUGCGCAGGCGUGCUGCCAUACACAUUGGGGUUUAUUAUGAAGUUUUUUACGCAAGCCCCUUCGAAUCUCUCUGUCACUAUACUCAGUAUCGGCUGGUGGGUCAUGGUCACGGGCCAGGCGGUCGUGCUGUACUCACGACUCCACCUCGUCAUAUGCGAUGAGCGCAUCCUACAGCGAGUGCUGUAUAUGAUUAUUGCGAAUGUAUUCCUUCUACAUGUACCCACGACGGUCCUCACAUACGGAUCCAAUGCUGUCGGCGAAGAACAGCCGGCCUGGGUGAUUGGAUACAAUAUUAUGGAAAAGGUUCAGAUGACCGGCUUUACCAUCCAGGAGAUUGUUUUGUCUGGACUGUAUAUGUGGGAGACUGUGCUGAUGCUCCGGAUAUGUCUUGUCCGGGAGAACCAAAAAAUCAUGUAUCAGUUGAUCUGGAUUAACAUCGCUAUGCUGGUCAUGGACCUCAUUUUGCUGGGUCUUGAGUACGCCAGCUUCUAUGCCGUGCAGAUCACGCUAAAAGGAGCGAUAUACAGUAUCAAACUGAAGCUCGAAUUUGCUGUUCUGGGCCGGCUUGUCGCCGUGGUACAGAAUCGUCGGCCAAUCUCGAUCGAUCGGGACAUAAAUCUCUAUUCUUUGGACCGAGAAACUACCGGUGCUCCUGAUCGGAGCCUAGCCUCUGCUGGAGAGAGUGUAUCCAGCCGCACACCGUUUUGUGUGCCAGCCACGGGGUACGCGAAUGGGACACACAGAAAUAUCAACCUCGACACCGGAAAACUCGUGACAAUGAGGGAGCUUUCAACUUGGGUUCAGCGGCCAAAUGACGAUCACCGCUGA